GGCCGGGCCAUCGUGUCCUGUGCCUAGUUUUCUGUGCUCUCUUUUCUCUGAUCCUGUUCGACAGCCGACCACGGUCCCCUAGAGAGAUCAUCCUUUUUACCAUCCCUGGACCUGGUGUGUGUCACGUUUCCUGUCCUCGCGGUAGCCCCAACGACUUCACCUCCAUCAACGACUUCUUCUCCUUUCUCGUUCGUCUCGGAUGAUCCUUCGACUUUGCUCGCGUUUCUCGUGCUCCCUUCUCUUAUCGACGCGGUAUCCUACCCAGUCUCCUACCAGUCCAGGUGUGACGCGUACACUGAGAACGAGAGUCGUGUCGUCAUCGUUGUCGUCGUUGCCGUGACUCGCGUAUUCGUGACGCUCUUCGAGUUCCUAUCGAAGGUCCUAUCCGUCGACGGAUCUUUUUGUUCUGCUGCUACGAAGUGAUACGAAGCGAAUACUUUGGCGUUUCCUUGUGUCUCCACUGUAUUACGACUUGCACUCUGUGCGAGCAACAUCCCCCGAUUGGCAAACGGAUCAGCACGAACCGAGGAAGAAGGACACCCUGCCGGGCAGCAGUCGGGAGGAUCACAGGGCGAAGAGGUGGGAGCCAUGCCGCCCGGGCGAGCUUCCCUCGAGGUAGCCAGGAUCGUCCGGCAUCUCUGUCCUUCCACAGCACUGCGUUCUGAUCGCCUCUUUUGAGGUGAGGAACUGUGGAUUGCUGGUGUGAGACCUCGGCCCCAGGAGUGGCCCGGGGGUUACCCUGGGGACCUCGGGGAAGUGCUUGCGCAAGGACGAAGCUGUUAAGAACGACGAAGGACACGGGAGGCGGAGGAGGAGGCCGCUAUGAACGCCAGCGUCAACAUCGAGAGGAACUCCUGGCGGCUGCCUCCCGACGAGACCGUCCAGGUCGCCGAUCCCCGUUCAAAGUCAGCCCAGGUAAAAGAGGAUCUAACGUACGCGGAGGGUGGCCACAAUUGGCGGAGCAUAAUCUUCUCGCUGCUGGUCAUCGGCUUUGUUAUCGCCGGGAUCGUUACGGCCAUUUACCUUCUCGGGUACGUCGACGAGCUGCUGUACUGGAGCGGCAGACGGCUCACGUUAGACGAGUGCCUUCGUGAUGAUCUGACGCCGCACAGGUUAACACCGACCUGGAUUGCCCACGACAAAUUUGUUUACCAGGCGGACGACGGUUCCCUCACUCUCCUGGACACCAGCAACAAUUCCGUGGCCCUUCUCGUCUCUAAUCACACGCUCAGACAGCUGAAUGUUCAAGGCUACCAGUGCAGCUCCGAUCUGCGUUACGUGUUGUUCAAGCACAAUGUCAAACCGGUGUUCAGAAAUACCUUCACCGCGUACUACACAGUGUACGACGUCACGAACGACCACCACACGCCUCUUCGCCUGCACACGUCGCGGGGGAUGCAGCAGACGCGGCUGCAGCACGCCGCCUGGUUGGGCAACACGACCGGCCUCCUGAUGAUCUCCGAAAACGACAUAUACGUGAGAAUAGCGCCGACCGCGGCAGAGGACGCGCGAAUAACCGAGACCGGCGUUCCCGGCGUGAUAUACAACGGCGUGCCAGACUGGCUGUAUCAAGAGGAAGUGCUGCCGCGGCCGGAAGCAACCUGGCCUAGCCCCGACGGCACGCACCUACUCUAUGCUUCCUUCAACGACACCAAGGUCACUGCCCUGGAAUUUCCUUGGUUCGGCACCCAACCGGGUCAGGACGGGCCCAGCUCCGGCCCACUGUCCACGACCAGGACAGGCUCGUUCCCCCCAUCCAAGUCGGUCAGAUAUCCCACCCCCGGCUCGCCGAAUCCGGAGGUGGAUCUGUGGAUCAUGGAACUGAGCAACCUGACCAGCUUCUUCAAUGGUUCGACCGUCAACUCGACCACGCUGUUCAAGAUGAGGCUGAAGCCGCCACCUGCUUUGGACGGGCAGGAAUAUUAUUUGAUAUCCGCGGGCUGGGUGGGCGACGACUCCAGCCAUGUGGCGGUCGUUUGGAUGACCAGAUCGCAGAAUCUCUCGUUGGUAUCGGCUUGUCGAGCGCCGUUGUGGGAGUGCGAGGAGACCCACUCGGAGAGAGCGCCGGAAGAACAAUGGUUAGACGCACAACCUCAUCCUCUAUUUGCCCCUGACGGUGACAGCUUCUUGCUGUUGGCUUCUGUUCAGGAGGGUGAUAAGGAGCACUUCACCCACAUCAAGCACGUAACCUUGACACAACAGAGGAUAGCGGUCCUCUCUCACGGUCGUUACGAGGUAAGCGAGAUCUUAGCGUGGGACACGAAAGCCCAUUUGGUGUACUAUUUGGGCACCAGGGAGAGAAGGCCGGGCCAGAGACAUCUUUACGUGGUUCGUGAUCCCACUACCGAUGAUCCCCGACGCCUGGAACCGCUCUGCGUCACGUGUGAUCUUGGCGAAGUUCUUUGGAGCAGUAGAUUCUAUUACACCAACUGUACGCACUUUGGUGCCUCUGUAAGUCCAGCAAUCGACGACGAAUCUCAGGGUUACUACGUUCUCUACUGCGAGGGUCCAGGCCUUCCACUAGCUGGCGUGCACUCGGCGACCUCUCACAAGAUGAUCCGCGUGUUAUAUGACACGCGAAUUCAACGAGGAGACAAACUUUCUCAACUGGCGUUACCAACUCGAAGAAGCUUCGAGGUGCCCCUACCUCAAGGAUGGAAGGCUCAGGUGCAGCUGCUGUUACCGCCCUCGUGGCGAGAGGAGCUCCGAGACGCGGCGUUCCCUGUCCUGGUCGAAGUGAACGGUCGUCCAGGGAGCGAAGCAGUGACGGAUCGAUUCAGAAUCGAUUGGGGGACCUACAUGUCCAGCCACAAUGACGUAGUGUACAUCAGGCUAGAUGUGCGCGGUGCCAGGGGUCAGGGGAAACGAGAUCUGUUCAGGCGGAUCGGCGGCGUCGAGGUUCAAGAUCAGUUGACCGUGUUGAGACACUUGCUGAAGACUCUGAAGUACCUGGACGACACGAGGGUGGGUGUGUGGGGUUGGGGUUACGGCGGCUACGUGACUGCCAUGGUAUUGGGUAGCCAGGAGAACGUGUUCAAGUGUGGCGUCGCUGUGAAUCCUAUCGCCGAUUGGCUCUAUUACAAUUCCGCGUUCACGGAACGAGUCCUCGGCGCCCUAAAGGAGAACUACAAAGGUUACGUGGAGGCUGAUCUGACCCAGAGGGCAAGGUUGGUGCCCAGUCAUAGCCUCUACCUUCUUCAUGGUCUAGCCGACCUCACAGCGCCUUAUACGCACGGUGUCGCCUUUGCUAAGGCUCUGUCCGAAGCGGGUAUCAUCUUUAGGUACCAGAGUUACGCGGACGAAGACCACGCCUUGACAGGCGUGUUGGAACACGCUUAUCGUUCCAUGGAGGACUUCCUCGCAGAGUGCCUCUCCCUGGACGCGUCCUAGUGCCUCAAGCCGAACGCUCCCUCGUUGUCUCUAGCUCGCCUACUUCUGAUACAUCCCAGAUUCACCUGGAUGCUCGUCAAGAAGGCUCUCGUCGUUCAGGACUAGAUUAGCUUCGAACAGAAAUAGAGAAAAAUAGAUGUCGGACGUCACGGAAUACACUCGGUCCUGAUCGUUACGAAUCAGACUAUCGACGACACGAAACGAAGAUAGAUCGAGAAGAAUGUAGCAAAGAUAUCGUAUAGAAGAAGGAGACAAAGAAGAAGAAAUAACGAAACGACUAAAAUUAAUGGCUAGUCCCCUGUCAGAGCCCUCAGCGAAUCGAUUACGCGAUAUAGAAGAUUAAGCGAUGAUGAGAGGGAUGAGGUAAACCUAGCGUUUGUAUAAGUAAUACCGUUGAAUAACAUUGUAAUAUCAGCCGCCUGCAUCAGCCUGCGGAUUCCUCUUUGCUACGAAGAACUUUCACUUUGCUCUUUCGACGCGCAAACACCCGUAUCAAUUUCUAGUCUGUAAAUCUAUCCCCUCAGCCAUCCAGAGGCGUAUCUAGUUAAGACUAUUACAGUACUGUAACACAGCUAUUCAGACAACGGUUCAACGCACAGCAACGAUCAGGCACGUUCGGAUUCUGCAAGCUCGAGAUUCACGCGUUCCCUUGCACUCGUCAUCAUCUUGUCACUUUGCGCGCGUCCCUCGCGCGACAGACAUCGAUCGAGGAAAAAGACAAAAGAAAACGAAGGAAUUUACACACACGACGAGAGAGAAAAAUUCGGGAGGUUCGGUGUCGUGCUUCUCGCAGGCUUGCAAGCUCUUCCCACUUUUUAUACAGCGAAACCCUCGAGAUCGAGCACGAUUGAUCGAAUGGACACUCGAGGGACGACGAUCGGGCGUAUCGAGCUUAACGCGAGCUUGCAAGCUCGCGUCUCACAUUUUUUAUAUCGAACCUACGCCACCACCGCUCGAGACAUUCGUGUCGUUUAUACAUACACACACACACACAUAUAUAUAUAUGUUUUUCCGCUUUCGAGCUUAUCAAACAAAUUUGCAAACUCCUCCCCCGCCUUCUCCAUCGAGUAACAGUUAUUCUCGACGACGUAGUUUCCCUCUGUACGAGCGUAUCUCUAGAUUCUCCACAUUUUGCCGCGCGAAGCUUGCAGGCUCGCAUCCCGCCGCCAUUUUCUUCCUCCACGUUCACGCUCCGAACAUACGUACGUAUGUAUGUACAUCUAUCAGCUGGCUACGCCUUUGCGAUGACGCCUGUCCAGGGGUUGCUCGAUACGAUUUCACCGUUUUAGAAAACGAACGCCUAGUCCUAAGUUUUCGUGUUGCAUAGCUUCGUGCCUAGUCUAUGUACCGUUAAUGUUACCUGCGCGCAAAAGAAAAGGGGAUAGGGAGAGAAGAGAAAGGAAGACAGAUCCGCCUUUCCUUGUCCUCUGUCGAUCUGAUCCUCUUCAUCCCCGGGGAACUUUGUACUCGAUCCUUGGAUAUUUGUAUAUAUAUAUAUAUAUAUAUAUAUAUAUAUAUACACACGCCUCCAAAAGUAUUAGGACACUUACAGGAAAUUGUUAUAAUUUCUUAAAUUUAUUUCAAAGUUAGUUGUAUUAAGCUGGGAAAGGUAUAUAUAGUUUACAUUAUAGUAAUUAUAACAUUAACUUUGCAGAAGAAAGUUAAAUUUUCUUUUCGUCGAUAUAUCCACCGCGUUUUUUAGACUAAAUUAUUAGUUUUUCUAAUUAUUGUUUAUGGUACUAUUUGGUUCCUUGCAUUUUGUAGUUUGUUCCAUAAGUGAUUUUGAGACUUUGAACACACUUCACAGAUUUUCCGAUCUAAUUCAUCCUAAAUCUUCUCUAUUGGGUUCAAAUCGGGGGUUUGAGGGAGCAAAUGCAUUAUUUUUGUUUCAUCACUCUGUUCUAAAUGGUGCAAAUAGUCUUUACAAACCCUUGCAGUGUGCUUGGGGUCGUUGUCACGCAUGAAAAUAAAAUUUUUGCCUAUUAAUCGCCUCCCAAAUGGAAUGAUCACGUAAAAUAGACAAAUAUUGUUCUUUUCAGAACAUCCCUUCGAUAUUUAUUAAAUCACCAACACUAUUGACCACUCUUCAUGUUUAACUGUGGGUUAAUUAUACAGUCAGGAAUCAUUUUUCCCUCAGGUCUUCUAAAACACAAGCUUGCAACCGAACACCUCAAUUUCAGAUUCGUCGGUCCACAAAACAUUUUUCCAUUCUUCAACUGACGAAUUUCGGUAUUUUUUAGCCACCGUCCUAGUCUUUCUACUUUAUUUUGUGACCUUAGUUACGCAUCCGCCUUGAAGAUCAACCUUGUGUACAGCAGGUGUCCUAAUACUUUUGAAAGGGAGUGUAUAUAUUCGUGAAGCACGUCUCUUGGCGCAGGACGCGUUCCCUUCGACGAAGUUCGAGGAUCGUCCCUCCCGUUUGUCGUACAAUACCAAAAAAAAACACGCAGUCUCCAAAGAUAAACCAACUAUCGUUGAGCAAAUCGAGGCUUCCAAAUGACGUUUCGAGAUUGGCCGUGUACUUCAGAUCGUUGGCGAGGGUAGCGAGCCUCGUCGAAGAGGCAACGAAAACUUCAAAACCGUAUUCUUUUUCUCAGUCGAAAAAUCGUCGAUCGUGCGCAGCGUCCCGAAUGAUCGAGGAUCGUUCCGUGGGUGUUGGAGGGUUUCGGGACACUCUCGAUCGACGUGGUGAAGAUCGUGGUGCGUUCGCUCGGACGCGGUUGAUGUCGAGGCCGAUCGAACUCCCGAGAUCUGUUUCCGGCCAAACUCUUUCGCUCGACCCUCUCGCUGCCAAAGAUUCGCUUCGCCGAUGAUGAUCCGUUAACCUUAACGAACCUACAGUUAAUGCCUCUACGUGUCUUUUGAAAUUUGUAUACCGUGUUUGUCGUCGAUUCCGAGCUUGUUCCGAAUUAUUGCCCGAUCUGGUGGCGGCGACGAGAGUGGCGAAAGAUGGCGAGGAGAGACAGUGGGACGCGUUCACCCCGCUCGCGAGUCCGAUCGAGACUCGGGACACGUUUCACGGUUGAUUAUAAGGGAGAACGCGUGUGAGAGAGAGAGAGGGAGGGAGAAAAACGCAGGUCGAAACACAAAAUAUGUCGCGCUCGAAACGAAGAGAGUCGCAGCACGUCGCCAUAAAACGCUGCCUGCUCCAGCAGCCCUUAAAAUGCCGACAAUCAAGGCUAGUGCAACUAAUCAAACGAUAAUAAAUAGAAACGGAGAGAAGGGGGGGGGGGUGAUGAAGUUUACCUAAUAAUAAUUAAAGGAAUUCUUAGAUGAGUGAUCGAUGUGGUUCGUCCACGUCGGGACUGCGUGGUUGAGGGCCUCGGCGAGAACGUAACGAGGGGAUGAAUUAGAGUGAUAUAGAGGGGAAUCUCAGAGCGUUACAAGAGGGAGAGAGAGAGUGAGAAUCUCGUCGGGGUUGGGGAUCCACGUGCGCGCGUGGACGUGCAAUUAGAUGUGGCAGAAAAAUCGAUUAGAUCGAAAUUACGUGCUUUGAUGUCGAUCGUAGAGAGUACAAAAGGUGCAACCGGCUAAGGAAUUGCCUCGCCAAUUAUUCACCCUCGAGUUAUCCACGUCCCCGAGAAAAUCCUAUUCGAAUCAACGCCAUCGUCGCCUCGAUAUUUUUUCCCAGGGAGGACGCCGAAGAACGAAACGUUGAACAGGUGUUUCAACGCAAAAAAAAAAAAAAAAAAAAAAACCGAGUAAAAGAAACGACGCGAUCCUUUUCAUUCGAGGACAGACGCGUCGUUGUCAAAACCACACUAGUCAAAAACGACUCGUUUCUCCUUUUCUUUCCUCCCGUUUGGUUUUCGUGGGCGACUAGUCCCGCGUACGAAUUCGAGAGAAAGGGGGCAGACAAACUCGAGAAACACGAGAGGGAGGAUUGAUGAACGUGAGCGUAAAAGUGAGACAGAACGAGAGGCAGUGAGAGUGGGCGCGAGAAUGUGAGUGUGCAAUCGCAAUCAAUUAUUAACUUAUAAUAAUAAACGGCAAGCAAAAGAAAAGAAAAAAAAGAAAAAAAAAAAGAUCGGCGAAACUCGUAACCGUAGGCAAUAUAAGUUGUAGGUGGUAAAUCGGUCUCGCGAACUCGGCUGGCAAGAAGAUAACAAAAGACGAGGUGAAGCAGCCGGUGAGGAACGAGAGAGAGAGAGAGAGAGAGAGAGAGAGAGAGAGAGAAUUAUGUGAAAUUAAAUCGCAAGAAAACUAAAUAAAUAAAUAAAUGAAACCUUGGUAGCAGCGCAUAAGGGUAUCUAUAAGCUUUUGGUAACGUAUUAUUGCCGCUAGGCUAAAGAGAAUUAAUUAAAAAAUAAAAAUGAAAAAAAAAACAGAAAAUAUAUAUAUAUUAUACAAUAAAGAGAAAACAAAAAAAAUGCGACACACAAAUGAAAGAGAAGACACACAACGCAGGACAUGCAGAUUGCAAACUGAGACGCGGAUACUCGAGUUUUAAUGUAUCGGGCCCGUGCGAACACUCGGCGACAAAUUUACAUACAUGAGCGAACGACGUCGACGUAUGAUUCGCCUGUUCGAUCGUGCGACAUCGCCCGUCGACGUUCAAUGAUUUCGAGAUGACUGAUGGAGAACUGUGCAAGAGAAGAGGAAGAAGAAGAAUGGGGGAAAAAGAUGAAGGUAGAACACGAAGGAAGAAUCGAAAGAGAAAUCGCGAACGUUUGUAUAUCAUAAUUCGUAACGGGAGAUGAUGAAGAGAAAAGCAAAAAAAAAAAAAAAAGAUUUACUGAUGAUAAUAAUAAUAAGGCGACUCAUUUGAAAUUAUUUGGAUAAUCUGUGAUACUCAGAUUGACGAUUAUUAUUCGGAUUAGACGGCGUUUCGCGCGUUUUUAACGUCAACGGACAACACUCGAGCAUCGAGGCAUUAAUAUAGAUAAGGCGUUAUCGAUAAACGAAAUUGUUCCGAGUAACGCAUGCUCCGAACUAAGCCCAAGCAUCUCCGCGAGAAUCGAUGUACAAGUUUAAUAGGUAAUAGUGGAAAACUUGAUAUUCAAAGUCUUCAGGGUUCUUGAACGACAAGCUGUUGUUAUAUCGAAUUGUUAUAUCUAAAUAUGCCAGCGGUUCUAGCUCUUGCAAACGUACCUUGUCCACUUUAACGUUUCAUAUUGUGGGUCCGUUCAAUGAACGCUUUCGACUCGUCGAGAUUUCGAACAUUCGGGCAGAGUGUAAAUCGUAAAGUGUAUUUAACCCUUUCUCAGAACUGAGUCUCUUUUUAGCUUGCGAGGAAAGUUACUUCUUAUUGAUUGUUGACAAUAAAAAUAUGCAUUUUAAGAUGAUUUUGUAA